UUCCUUAGAGGUGACAACUCGAAGGGACGCUUUUCYGCUACAAGAAUACACGAAUAAAUCYGUKAAUWUGGAUUGAAUAAUAUGUAUAGUCUAGCCUACAUUCGAUMUUCUUGUAUUGCUCUAUUGACUAAACAAACUAGAAACACUUUUGGAUAACUCAACUGACAAAUAGAAAUAUUGCAUUUGAUUUGAUAAUCCCAUUGUAUUCUUUCAUUAGCCUAUCAAUGCAAGUGGAAACAUUCUGAUGUUGGAAAUCUUGAGUAUGUGAAUUCCAUAUAACCUGAAGAGCAAUUCAUUUUGAACAAAUCUUACAUUUCCAGGUCAUUAAGUAGGUGUUCUAUGGCGUUUAUUUGGACUGUGAAAACUACUGUAAACAAUGGAGCUGAACAUUUCAACAAGACACUACCGAGGCUCAAAAGCAUACUUCCCACUCCAGGACCAGAACACCAUGGCCUGUAUAAUCAAGGGGCAACGUGUUAUUUGAACAGUGUGCUGCAGGUCCUCUUCAUGACUAAAGAAUUCAGAGAGGCCGUGGAAAGUGAUAGGCCUCCUCAAGAAGAAGACACUGUUGAUCUUCAGCUGAAAAAGUUGUUUACAACUUUACGUGAAUCUGAAACUAACACAAAGGGCAUCUCAUCAAUACUAGGCAUUGAUGAUGUAUACAAGCAAUGUGAUGCGGCUGAGUAUUUUGAGAAGAUUUUAGGCAUGGUCAAUCCUGAAGUGUCAAAGAUCUUCAAAGGACAAUUGAGGCACAUCACUACCUGUUUAGGAAAACAUGUGAUGAGUGAUGGAUUUGGUCCAUUUUGGACACUGCCCCUCUCAAUAGCAGAUCCAUCUGACUCUUACAAAACCUACAGUGUGAAAGAUGGCUUUAAGGAGUUCUUCAAGUCUUCAACUGUCAAUGGGGAAAACCAAAUGUACUGCGAUGAAUGUGAAAAGAAAUCAGAUGCAACCAUUGAAUGCAAGAUGGAAUAUCACCCAGAAAUUCUUACUCUGCUCCUCAAGCGGUUUGAAUUUGACUACUGCAGCAUGUCAUAUGUCAAAAUCAACUGCUGCGUGGAUGUGCCUCACACACUACAGACAGAGAAAUGUGAAUAUYAACUCUAUGCGAUUGUGGACCAUUUCGGAAGUCUUAGAGGUGGACACUACACUGCUAAGAUCAAGUCCUUUGAAGAUCACAACUGGUAUGWGUUCAAUGACUCACAUGUCACAAAGCUCGAACCAGCUCCACUGAUUGAAAGUUCUCGGAGUGCUUAUCUACUGGUGUACAGGAAAUCACAUGCUUCAGAUCGUGAGAACCAUGGAACCAACCGAGUUCACGGUUCACUCCGAGAGGAUGGGGUUACAGAGGUUGGAGAGCAUGUUCAAAUAAAGACAAGUGGAGAGGAUGAUCACGGUGUUGAUGGAAAUAAAGGACAGGGACAACAUGCUGCAGUCAGAAGAAAGGAAAAUGUAGGAAAGGCAGAUACAGGAAGAGAUGAUGAUGAUUUGAUAGAGAGAAGAAAGGAGGAUGCUGCACACAGGAGAGAGGAUGUGGAUGAAACAAGACGAUAUGAUGUGGUUUUGAUAACAGAGAAACAGCAGACUCCAGAGAUAUGUCGGAAAUUAGGCAGAAUCCGUGUGUUUCAUCAUGACUAUAUUUUGCCCAUCAGGUGUUCAUCAUUGAAAGAAGAGGAUAAUGUUGUGGAGAAAAUAGAACAGGGUGAUGUAGUGAGAAGGGUAGAUAAGGACAGAGAGGGUGUCGUGGUAAAGGGAGAAACGCAUCUCGGUGAGACAAAGACAAGUCUGACCAAACAGGUGCGCUUCUGGGGUGUCCGUGGCAAGCACACCAAGAUCAUCGGUCGCAGUGGUCGCACCGUUGAACAGUGCCCUGCCUUCAAAACCUUUGUAGAGAGACAGGAACUCUCCAACCUCAGUGUCCUCUGCACAGUGUGCACUGCAGACAAAGGUCAGAGGUAUGAGUUCUGCUGGCAGUGUCUGAAGCAGUGGAAAGGUCCCGCGCCACGCACUGACCGCUGUGACAACGAUGGCUGUAUCAACCAGGACCUGGAACUGCUGAAGAACUGCGAAACCACGUCUCUCCCUCAGGUGGCAGAUGUCACCGACUGCCCCUCCAUUCGCGCCUGUCCCACCUGUGGCCAACGGGUGGAACACGACAAGACUGGUUGUAAGAAUAUUCUCUGUCCAAGGUGCAAUAAAGAGUUCUGCUUUGUGUGCCUUAAGCUCACACCUGAGUGCUUGGAGACCAGCUCAUAUUUCACAGCCUGCACUGAGGGAGUGGCUCCUCGGCAGACCUCUAUACCCACCUGGAAWAGAAACUGAAAAAUAAGAUACCUCUUAUUCACUGCAUAUUGUAACCUCUGCUUACAUUGUCUCCAACAGAACACGUAGGUAGAAAUCUUGCUCCACAUACACAUUUCUUCUUCAUAUAUUGUACAAUGAGAGUUUGUGUGCAGUGCUUCAUGUGAAGCAUAAUGUUUUCUUUUACCAUCUUAUAUUAAAAUCUUAGAUAUUAUACAAAGCAAGUUUCAUAGUGUGUAGACUCAGUGCUUUAUGUUAAUUAUGAUUUCUAUAUCAUCUUAUCAUUAUUAUCAUGUUGCUUAUGUGCAUCAUCAUGUAAUCUAAUAAACUACUGACAAAAGUAACAAACUUCA